CGUUCAAAGUGGUAAAACGAAAACAGGGUUGGCAGGAUGGCAUGUUGCACAGGAGAGCUGGUAACUCCUCUAGGGGCAGACGCUGAGGAGCGGCUGAUUCGGUCGCUCCACAUUGGUUCGCAGCCCGCCGUUGUGUAUAUACCUACCUGCAUAUGUAAAUGUUCAUAUAUGUCUACGCUCCAUUUCGCGGGGAAGAAAAAUCUGGGGGUGCCCCAACGAACUGCAAUCCAUUUUGUGCGUAAAAAAAAAAAACAGCCUUUUCUAACACUUAGCCUGCGUAAUUUCUCAUUUUUUUGUUUCCAUUUGGGAAUAGUGGCGGCGUCACUCGGUUUGAUAGUUUCCCCUGCACAGUUUUACUUUUUUCGAUGCGUGGGACAAUCGCGGAGGUUUCCCCACGAUAGCUGCAUACGGAGGGGCCGGGCCACAAAUAGCGAGCGCGUUUACAGCCUUUGGAGCAAUUUCCCCACGCUUGGAAAUUUCAAAAGGUAAAAAAAAUUGGAGGAAAAAAAUGGAGAAACACUGUUAAGCGGGAAAAAGGCAAAAUUCCCUUUUGCGUUUUUUUUGGAUCCGUUUUUCCCAUCUUUAUUUUUAUUUUAAUUUUUGUUCUUUUUUUUUUUUUUUUUUCUGCACUUCGUGUUCUCACCACUGUGAACCAUUCGAAGCAUCACAGCGAACAGUCGCGAGGCACCAUUUUUGCAACGAUUUUAUAGCAAAUGGUGAAAGAAAAGUGAACAAGGCGAUAAAGCAAAGCGGUUAGUGGAAAUUGCCCAGUGGAAAAUGCUCAUCGAAAAUUACUCAGCGAAAAUUCGCCAGUGAAAAUUGCGCAGCUGUGAAUAGGCUGAAAAAAACGGGAGAAAUUCUGAUGAGCCGUCAUUUUGCCAAUCGUAAAGCGACGCCAUGUAAGAAAAAGUAAAAAAAUAUAAGUGUACGUACUGGUACAUGUAAAUUUGUACCCAUAUAUUAUAUGCAUAUAUUUGUGCUUGCCGAAGGAGGCGAACGCGCUUCUGGCCUGCAGAACGCCGUGGAAGAUAUCCUUUCGCCCUUGUACAUACGGCGCAUUCGCGUUUGCCACGCUCGCCCGGCACAAAAGGUACAACAUAGAACAGAUAAAAAGGAGCCAUAAAUGGGGAAGCAAAGCGAGUCAACGCCUUUCAAGAAUUUCAACUCGUCCAGGAAAACGAACGGUACCAACUCGGCCAGUCCCACAAGUUCGGAUCGAGAAAAUUCGGAAAUUGGCUUCCAAAAUAGCAGAAGCGAUUUGUUGAAGCAUGCGGGAAGUAGAAGGAAGAGCAAUCACAAGUUUUAUUCCUACUCGCGGAAGUUCAUAACCGUUUUGAACUACAUAUUUUGCAUCCUAGGAAUUAUAUGCGCGUGGGGAGCCAUAGACUCGCUCGUUCAGGUAAUUUCCGGAAGGCAAGUGUACCUGUCGCUGGCGUGCUACUCCACCAUUCUGUUUUUGGCCCUGGCGUUCCUAAUGUUAUACACUUACUUCCUGGAUAGGGAUUAUCGACCAUGUGAUUUUUUUUGAAGUGAUCAAUUCGUUUGUUUAUCCCGCUGAGUUUUAUUAUAUUAUAUUUUAUUUUUAUUUUUUUUUGUUAAAAUGGGUGCGUGAGAAUGUCUUGGGGUUUGAAGAUGGGCCCACUGGAAUGGGUAACUUGCUUUUGCUAAGCUGCUGCGUUUUUAUUUUAAAAUUUUUUUUUAUUUUUUUAUUUUUUCCCCCCC